CUGAAUGGGGAGGUGAUUGGAAGAGCUAUUAACUAUUGUUCUCACGGUGUCCAAAUGCAAAUGUGAAUUUCCCACGGGUCUGGCUUACGUUACAACUGUUAUAUUCCCAUCGUAGUGAUGAAAUGAAAUCUAAUUAACAUACAGAAAGGAGAAUAAUUUAAACUUAAAAAAGGACUUAUACGUGCACUGGGCGAAGGGAGAUGAAGUGUGUCAAACUGUUUAUGUUCUAUACUGGAUAAUGACUUACAGUGUGUGUCAUUUGUGAACUAUUUAGUGGGGGAUUGAUACAUGAAUUAUAUAUUUUCAAUUAUUUGACAAUGAAUUAAAAGACAAUGAAUGAACAGCAUUUAUAUGUUUCCCAGAAUGGUUAUACCUACAGUGUGGGGCCAGCACAGACUGACCACCUCAUGAGUUGCUCCCAGCCCCAACAAAAUGGUCCCCAUAGCAACCACAGCUUCAUGCAUCACAACAGUAAUGCUGGAUUCACCCUCCACCCUCCUACGGAGCGAUCCUACGCCGGCCGACCCGACCCAGGUCCAUCCUCAAGGUCAGAUCUAAGUGGUCACAUGGCACACAGCAGCUAUGAGAAUCCGAUGGACUUGUCCAGCAACAAACCAGGAAAUUCUGGCCGACAUGUCAAGGAAGAGGGUCGUCACCAUGGCUACAUGGCUGGUAUGGGAACCACCCCUGUAUCUGUUGGAAUCCCAGAACACCUUCAUGACCCGUCACACAUUGUUGCUGGUUCCCUGACCCCACCAGAGAAGAUCAAUGGAGACCCAUGUACCAUGGCAACCAGCAGUCCCCUGAGCAUCGCCACGGUAACACAGGCUAUCCCAGCACCCCCCAGUCCCAUCUCCACUCCGUCCCCACUCUACGCCACCAACAGCUUCGUGGACAGAAACAAUUAUCAAGAUCAGAGAUUGACAAAGGAGGCCAUGAGGAAUUAUCUGAAGGAGAGGGGAGACCAGAUAUUAGUCAUAUUACACGCCAAAGUCGCACAAAAAUCAUACGGAAACGAAAAAAGGUUUUUCUGCCCACCCCCCUGUAUAUACCUCUUUGGGAGUGGCUGGAAACGGAAAAAGGAAGCGAUUGAGGCUGAGGGGGGCACAGAACAGGACUCCACGACAUGUGCCUUUAUGGGGAUUGGGAACUCUGACCAGGAGAUGGUGCAGCUCAACCUGGAGGGCAAGAAUUAUUGUGCAGCCAAGACAUUGUAUAUAUCGGACUCUGACAAGAGGAAACAUUUUAUGUUGACUGUGAAAAUGUUCUUUGGGAAUGGACAGGACAUUGGUGUAUUCAAUAGUAAACGGAUUAAAGUGAUAUCAAAACCUUCCAAGAAGAAACAGUCACUGAAGAAUGCGGAUUUGUGUAUUGCGUCGGGAACAAAAGUAGCCCUGUUUAACCGACUUCGUUCCCAGACCGUCAGUACGCGGUACCUCCACGUGGAGAAUGGUAACUUCCAUGCCAGCUCUACCCAGUGGGGAGCAUUCACCAUCCAUUUACUGGAUGACAAUGAGGGGGAAUCAGAAGAGUUUACCGUCAGAGAUGGAUACAUCCACUACGGAUCUACCAUCAAACUUGUGUGUUCUGUCACUGGAAUGGCACUGCCAAGACUCAUCAUUCGUAAGGUGGACAAGCAGACGGCCAUCUUGGACGCUGAUGACCCGGUGUCCCAGCUCCACAAGUGUGCCUUCUACAUGAAAGACUCGGAGAGGAUGUACCUCUGUCUGUCACAGGAACGCAUCAUUCGGUUCCAGGCUACUCCAUGUCCCAAAGAGCCAAACAAAGAAAUGAUAAACGACGGAGCUUCAUGGACAAUAAUUAGCACAGACAAGGCAGAGUACACAUUUUAUGAGGGAAUGGGGCCAGUUAAGUCCCCUGUUUCACCCGUACCGGUCGUCAACAGUUUACAUCUGAAUGGAGGAGGAGAUGUGGCCAUGUUAGAACUGAACGGUGAAUUCCUGGCCCCCAAUCUGAAGGUGUGGUUCGGGGAGGUGGAGGCUGAGACCAUGUUUAGGUGUGAGGAGAGCAUGUUUUGUGUAGUCCCUGACAUCUCUGCUUUCAGAGCCGGGUGGAGAUGGGUGCGGCAGCCAUUACAGGUUCCUGUCUUACUGGUGAGGAAUGAUGGGAUAAUUUACUCCACGGGUUUGACCUUCACCUACACCCCAGAGCCGGGGCUUCGCGCCCAUUCUCGGGAAGUGGACCGGAUAUUAAGACCGGGCGUGUCCAGUCCAGAUUCCACCUCCACAACAAACUUCAGCAAUCCCUUAUAGUGCCUUGUCCCAUACUGGUCAUGUGACCAGGCAAACAAUUCAACAUGGUCAUGUGACUAAGCAAACAAUUCAACCUGAUCAUGUGACCAGGCAAAUAACCUGGUCUUAUGACCCAAAAUACAAAUCAACCUGGUCAUGUAACCUGACAAACAAUUUAGCCUUAAUCUCUUGACCAGGCAAUUCAAUCUGGUCAUGUGACCAGUCAAACAACCAAUCAUGUGAUAUUUUUGUAUUUAGUAUAUGUGGUACAGAAUUAACAUUGUGCAUAAAAUCAGAGCUGUAACUCAACAACAACCUAAGUCUUUAGCCUUCAACAAAAUUUAAUUGUAAUUCUGCCUUAUUUUUUUUUUUAAUUAAGUAAAAACAUUUUACAAGUACAUUUUUUAUAACAAAUGAAAGAGAUUCCAGAGUGAAUACAAUUUUUAAAAUCUUUUCAGGUUUUUCUGUAAAACUAUUUCUAGAAUUAUCUAACACUGUAGAGGCUGUAUAAAUUAAUAAUACAUACAGAUGUUUACAAUGUGGCCGUCUUGUACACUGUGUUAUAGAUAAGUUAGACACCUGUACACAUUAAGUGCUUUAACUAUGCCUUCUUAUGUCUUCUGUGCUUUGAUGUUAAUAGUGCUUUCAAUUUGUUACCAUAAAACCAUGUCACAAAGUGACAAAGUAUCAAACAUGUACCCCCUACCCCUCCAAACACCAUAUUGAGCACCCCCACCCCCUCCAAACACCAUUUUGUGUGCCCUAAGAGUGCCAGUAUUUUGUUGACUGUUAUAUCAUCCAAUCGGGUUGUUUUUUCUUAUUGUAUACAUCUUGUAUGGAUCUUCUUGUUUGAGUUUUAUGUUAUCUUUGUUGAAAACAUACAUCUUUUUUUUAAUUGUAAAAAGACAUUUAAGUGAAAAAACACUGAAUUUGUAAUAAGUGUAAUCAUCAAGGUCUUUGAGAUAUACACAAUGUAUUUCAUAUAUAACUCUUAAAGUGCUUGAAAUAUAUUGUCAGAAGUUGACAUGUACCAAAAGCAUUUGUAGGACCUUCAGAUAGAAGUUUUUUUUUUUUACUUCAUAACUAUAGGUAAUGAGAAACAUUAUCAUCAUUUGAAUUUACAUAUGAAAGUUCAUGAACAAUGUUGAAUUAGUUCAGACUUGAGCAUUUGUGUAUGAUUGAAAUGGGCAUUCUAUAACAAGUUAUAUUUUCAUCUUGAUGGAACAUAUUUUUUGAUGUCGGUCUAAUUUUUGUGAGUCUUUUAAAUUUGUUCAGAAGCCCAUUAACCGUUCUAAGGCAGCUUCUUCACUGUCGUCUAUAGUUAAGUUAUAAGUGCUUAUCUCUAGUGCAUGGAAUCAUUUAUAUCUGCUAAAAUCCAGGUCUUCUUGGAUUUCAUUAUUUAUUCACUUAAAGAUUUUGUAUUUUCACUUUAUGAAAUUAUUUUGUGAAAUUUUAGGAUAAAAUAUGCCAGUGUUGUGAUCCAUUUUUAGUUACACCCUGUUUGUUUUAUUUCUCUUUUAAACCUGUAUGUGUGGAAUUAAGGCAGUUCUAGGCAGUUUCAUGAGAAAUGUUAUUUUUUAGAAACCAUUUUUAGACACAAAGAUUACAUAGGAACUCAGUCAUUGUCCUAUUUCUGUUUUGAUUACAUGGGGCCAAUUAUCAUGGUGAUUUCAGAAUUGACAUUAAUUUUAAGUCAUUUUAGAUUAAUUUUAAUAUUUUAAGAUUUCGCAACUCUCUAGUAAGAAAAGUAACUCUUUCUAGGAGAAACAUUUAUUAUCCCUUAUAAAACAUGUGUUUAAAGGCCAUUUCUGUUUAAAAAAAAAAUUGACUUGCAAUGGGUGCACUUAAUUAUAAAUUAAAUCUCUUGCAGCAAAAUUUAAGUGUUAGAGAAUGACAAGAGAAAGAUAAUCAAAAUUUUACCAAUAAACACUAAUACUUCCCCAUACUUCAUGUUCUGGUUGUGGAGGUUCUCUGCAUCAGUUACUUUCCAUGGUCUUGUUUUGACAAUCAUGUCCUACUUUCAGUUUCAUUUUAUGGAUAUAAUGGUGGGACUUUCCUGAGCCUUGUUUUGGUAGUUCAUGUAGAAAAAGGAGUGAAUCACUGCCCAGAUACUGGUUUUAACACAUGUUUAUUGUAUGGUAGGUCUAAUUUUGUCCCACUUUACCGACAGUGCCAGUAGCAGCAAAUGCAUCAUCAAUGUCAUUUUGUGAAUGUGAAAUCACACCAAUUUUCUGUACAUAAUUUGUUUACUUGUACAUUUGAUUGUAGUUACUGAAUAAAUACCUCAAUAAUAAAUUGAAAAAAAUA